AUGAAAGUGACUGUUUGCAUUAACGAUGUUAAAGUAGUUGUUCCAUGCGGAAAUGGAAGUAUUUUGAUUCGAGAACUAGCACAGAUGGCUCUUUUAAGAUUUCAAAAGUCCACUUCUUCUGUGUUCCACACGAAAAAUGCUGAUCAAAGUAACGCAUCAUGUACAAGCAAUUCAUCAAAGACAGCUGAACAACAACAUCAAUCAGACCAACUAUAUAAUCUCUCUAUUCAAAGGAAAGUAACUCACUCUGAUACAGAAUGUCAUUUACAACAAAUAGAUAAUAAAAAUGUAUCCUGGAAGUUAAAUAUUGACGAUAAUGAGUAUGAAGUAGAUUCACUGACAUUAGCUCGUGACGGUGGCAUACUGGAUUGGGAUGAUCGCGUUGUUGAUGUGUUGGAUGACAGAGAGUUGUUGAUUGUAAAUUUUCGAAAAAAAUUACCAAACACUCCAACAGUAUCGUCUGAUACUGAAUUACACCAUUCUAUCUACUGUCAACAGACAGAUGUACAAGAAGGCUUGAACAGUAAAAAUGAUCAUUCAACAUCUGAUACAAAUCAACUAAAUAAAUUAGUACAAUCUCAUUUUCUAUCUAACGAUAAUAAUCUUACUGAUAGUUGUGUAAAGAAUACUUUAUCUUGUCAAACACUAUCUGCUUCUUUGAAUUCAAGUUCAGCAUUGACAUCAUCAUCAUCAUCAUCAUCUUUGCCGUCAUACUUUCAAACAGUAACUAGUACACUUGGUAAGAUUAUAUGCGAUACAGGUGUAACAUAUAUUCAAUCACAUCCAAUUCUUAUAUCAUCUUCACAACAAUUACAUCAAAAAUCAUCUAAUGAAUUAAUAUCAACAGAAUCAAGAGAGUUACAACAACCACCACCUCCUCCACAACGUUAUUCAAAUCAUCGACAUAUUUCACCAUCUUCUUUAUCAGAAAAUAUAUGUAUAAAUAAUAUCUGUGAUUGUUCAUUAAUUAAACAAGGUGUUAUUCAUAAUAAACAUAUUACAGGGACCAAUGAAGUAGAAAGUGGCAUAAAUAAAAUGAAUCAGUAUCCAACUAAACUACUAACAGAUUAUUCUCAGUAUAAUAAACAUCCUGUUACAACAUUUAUUGGUGGAUUAGAAUAUGAAUUAUUCAGUUCACGAACACCACCUGUAUUUAGACCACCCAGUUUCACAUCGACAGAAACAACAACAGCCACUUCUAUUAUGACCAAAAGACAGACAUCUGUUUGCACAGCAUCACCUACAAUACAUCGAGCUAGUCGACCUGCUCCACCACCACCACCACCACCACCACCUCAUUCUUCUUCUUCGUCUACACUACCAGCAUCGCUUUCAUUACCUCCAUUAGCACAACCAUCUGUGGUGGAUUCUAAACGAACAACAUUACAUCACUCUAUACCAAAUAACACAACUAUAACAAGCAUAAAUCGACCAUUGAUCACACCCAAUACACAAAUGAAUUUAUCAAAAACUAAAAUGAUUACAGAUAUCAAUGAUCAAGAUGAGAAUAAAACCACUGGAGUUUCUAGUUUGAUGAAGAAACGAAUAUUUGAUGUAGAUGAAAGUAAAUACAACCGUCCUGAUCAUUCUCAAGAUGCACCACAAGAAAAUAUAACGUAUAAUAACUGUGCUCCUAAUGUGUCCUGUCCACCUGAUAGUUACUUGCCUCAAUCAAUGACUGACCAGUAUGAAUUUGGUGAUGGAAUACUUCAGUCGGAAUCAACUCUUGAUCUUCCGAUAAAUAUUCAUCAUUAUCAUACAACUAAUACUCCAUUAACAUUUACAACGCAUACACUUUCAACACAUAUACUACCUUCAUCAUUAUUGUCUUCAUUAGAUGAUUAUCUAUUAUCUAAUUCAUUAUCAUCUUCAUUGAAUACUACUGAUAUCAGUAUAAUAAGUAAUAUGAAUAAUAAUUCCUUGUUAAUGGAUACUUCAUUUCUAUCAACUGUACCUGAAGAAGAUGCUGAUAUGAGUGAAUUAACAAGUUCGAAUAAGACAACACCAAAACAAAGUCCUUGUAAACAAGUUCAGUUGAUGAAACAAUUGAUACAUAACAAUGAUGCUUAUUCGAAAUCAGAUUAUAUCAAUGACAAUGAAGGUAUACAUAGUUCUCCAGAGUCUUCAUCACCAAUCACCGUACGAAGAAAUCUGGAUGGUAUCCACAACCAUGAAGCUGAUUCUUUCAAUUGUUCAUCUUGUCAAAAAUGUUCUGACACUAAUACUGAAGCUAACUCUUCAUCAUCUCCUUCAAAACUAAGCAAAGAUUAUUCAACUUCAAUACAAAAUAUUCCAGAUGUUCAUUAUCAUACACGGAUUAAUAGAAAACAGAAACGUUAUCGUAAUUCAAGAGCACCUGCACCACCGCCUCCAGUAACAUCUUCUACAGCUUCUAUAGAAAUUACUCCAUCACGCUAUCAAACAAAGCUGCCACCACCACCACCACCUCCUCGAUCAUCACGUAAUGAUGAUACACCUUAUUCAAGUGAAUCAGACAUAGAUGAACAAAAUUAUAAAAACUUGUAUACAUUUAACCGAAUUCAUAAAGUUUCUGAUUCGUCAUCAAGUCCCAACUCCAUCAAUGUAGAAGAAAUGCAUCGUAGUCCCAAGUCAAAAUCUUCUGUGAAUCGAAUAAAUACCCGUGAAUAUAGUCAACGUGGUGAAGACAAAAGAGCAUUUGAACAAAAGUUCACUUCAGUCACCACUUGUAUGUCACCAUCAUCAUCAUCAUCAUUAUCAUCUGGAUACAAAGCUGAUACAAACCAUCAGCAUUCUAAUCUAACCACACUAACAUCUAGUUGUGGGCAAGCUGUAAAUACCUCUUUGAUAUGUCCGCAUUGCUGUGAAAUUCAGCGUGAGAAAAGCAAUCAACUAGAGUUGAGUAAUAUGCCAACAAGAAAACCAACACCACCGAAGCGAUCACCUAAAACUGCCUUAACAAGUUCUAAUACAUCAAGUAAACCAGAUGAAUGUCAAAAUGAUCAGUAUAGAAUGAAUUCUAUCAGAACUCAUAAUGGUACCAUCGAUGAUGGUAGUAAUAAUGAUACUGGAAGUCAAACAAUUGAUCGGUAUAAAGGUGAUGAUCGUAAUAAUGAACAGUUUAAUGUAUCAUCAUAUAAUACUACUACUACUACUACUACUAUGACUACUGCUGUUGUCAACACUAAUGAUCAUCAUAGUAGUCAAGAAUGUAAUCAUAUUGAACAACAAAAAUUUAAUAUUCAUAAGAAACAUAAAACAUAUUCAUCUGCGCAUAAUAUGAACAGCAUAGAAGGUGAAGAAAUCGGUCCUAUACAUACUAUAGAUGAUUAUUGUACAUGUAAGACAACACAUCAUACUGAUGCAGAUGCUGAAGUGAUACAUAUGACUGAAUUACUUUCAAAACGUAGAGAAUCAGAAGCACGUAGACAUUUAUUAUUAGCUGAAAUGGAAGCUGGUCUUGAAAGAGAUGAUCGUUUAAGAAUUGCAGCUAAUGCAAUGGCUUUAGCUGCAGUAAAUAGUAUAACUUCAUCAGUAACAAAAAAUUCAACUAAUUGUAUACACUGUGAUCAUCAAUCACAUCAACAAUAUUAUGAUAAUAGUUGUAGUAUACAGUAUACUUCUUCUCAACAUCAUUUACAUUCUAUUGAUCAUAGAAUUUCAGAGAAUGAAAUAAUGCCACCAAUAACAUGUUGUUGUACACCUGAAUGUAUCAAAGAAAAAGAUAUCUUGAUAUCAUUACAAAAAUAUUCAACAGGAAAUAAAUCAACUAAUUCAAAUGAUAAUUUAUUUGCUGUAUGCGUGAAAAAUAUUUUACCCAAUGGUGCAGCAAUAAAAGAUGGACAACUACAUGUGGAUGACAGACUUAUUCAGAUUGAUCACUUAGAUGUUAUGAGUAAAACACAAGCUCAAAUUGUUUCUAUCCUUCGUAUAAAACCAGUUGGUAGUAUUGUAAAUUUAUUAGUCCGCCGACAAGUGCAUAUGUGUCAGUUGAACUUUCAUGAUUAUCCGAGAUGUAGUUGGUUAAAUCAUCCAUCCUCUUCAUGCUCCACAGCCGCCGCCUCUACCACUACUGCCAUACCCUCUUCAAUUUGUCCAUAUCCUGAUGUAAUGAACACUGAAGUCAAUCAAUCUCCAAGAAUGAUAGGGUAUUAUGAUUCAUCACCUAGGAAACCGCCUUGGCUUGACUGUCAAACAGACAAAGUUACGCGGAAAUGUUCAUCUCCACCGCUACCAAUUACUUCUUCAUAUUAUGAUGGAUUCAGUCAUUUAGAACGUGUUUAUCAUCCAAAUUAUCCGCCAUAUCCAGAUGUGAUUCUACUUCGAUUAUAUAUCCCAUUGAUUCCUGUUAAUGAAGAGAAUAUAGAAUGUAAUAAAAAUUUCUCCAUCAACUUGAAUAACACUAUCAACAAUAAUACAGUGUCUGGGACAGGAUUACGUCAAAUGAGACUUGGUGUCAGUGUACGUGAAUCAAAUUCAUCUAGAGCUAGCAAAUUGAAUGAAUUAUCACAAAAUACUAUCAAAAUGAAAUUGAAUAUAAAAUCAGAUAAUGAAGAUAAGGUAAAUUCAACAGCAACAUCGUCAUCAUCAUCAUCAUCAUCAUGGACAGAUUUAUGCAUUGCUGACUCUAUUUAUGGUGGUGUCAUUGUCAAAUGUGUCAUUGAAGGCGGAGCAGCGCAUAAAGAUGGUAGACUUCAAAUUGGUGAUGAAUUAUUGGAGGUGAAUGGAGUUAUUCUAGUCAAUGCAAAUAAUCCACUCAGUCUUUUACGUUCUGUUCUGCGUAAAUUAACAUGUACAACUACACAAGUUAAUAAUCAAGACAAUAGGAAUACUGUAACACCAACAUCUAUCAGUGUUACAGGUACUAUGACAACAACAACAACGACAACAUUGAUGACCAAUGAUCCUAAUGAUAAUAAUCAGAUUUCUCAACUGAUAUUAAAUAAAGUCGAUUCUGUAGAAACGAUUGAGUCUAUUCAACCAAAAAUAGUUGAUUUAUUGAUAGCACGUUUGACAAGACAUCGAAGAUCUGCUUCUGGACAUACUCUUGCAUCGAACUCAGAGUUUGGUUCACAAGCUUCAACAACAAGUACAAUAUUGACCACCACUUCUCAUACUUUAUCAUCAAAUAAUAAUAAAUUAAGUCUUAAUUCACCUAUUGUUAGUCGAGAACAGCAGCAGCAACAGCAGCAGCAGGAGCAUAAGACUCAUCAUCGUCAUGAUCAUCACCAUCACCAUCAACAUCAACAUCAUAACAAAUCAAUCUAUACUGAUCCAUUCACUUCAUCAACUGUUGUCUCAAAACAAGAUGAUUAUUCAAGAUAUACCAAAGUUACUAAUAAUCAAUCAAUAGAUUUACAGACCAAUAUUAUGAGUGAAAAUGGUAAUCAUACUAUUAAUAAUAAUAAUAAUAGUAAUACAACAUGUCGAAUAAAAGCUGAGAUACACUCUGUCAAAGUGGAACAACAAGAUAAUAUUGAUGAAGAUAAUAGUAUUAUUAUUGCCACUGGUAAUGACAAUCAUAAUCGUAAGGAGUCCUUCAAAGUAAUAAUCUAUUUUAAACAGAUUUUUUAUAAGAGUUUAAUUAAACAUGUUAAAUGUUAUGGAAUAGAAUAA